GGAAGGGCGGGACGCGCGCGCUUGUCCUCCCCUGGCCCGCCUGUCGGUGGGAGAAACCAACCCCCCCCCCCACGCCCAUUUGGCGCCAUUUCCCCCAAGACCGCAAAGGUGAAGAAGAAGGCGCCAAGGAAGCCGCGGUCGGAGUGCACGCCGGAGGAGAUCGCCAAGUUGGACGCGAAAUCGGCGAAGAGGAGGGAACGAAGAGCGGCCGUCAAGAUCAAUGCCGCGGCGGCCAAGUUCGCCGCCCAGCGCGAGGAGCUGGAAGCCACGCGGCGCAAGGCCGCUUACAUGGAGGACGUGAUCUUCCAGGAUGGGCAUGGCCGUGCCUACGACCCCGAGGAGACCCAAAGUCAGGAUGGCCGCGCCCAGUACGUGCCCGAUGAGGAGGCCGACGACCGUGCUGACUACGACCAUGGUGAUCCGUGGCAUGAAGACGACGACAUCUAUGUCGAAGGUGAAGAUGAAGAUGAAGCCAAUGAUGUCGAUAUUAGUGGCACUCCGUUGUUCAUAGACGAGCUCACCCAAAGAGCGGAAGCACAAAAGAAGCGGAAGAGCAUUCGCACGGCAUUUCAAUCUUUGGAGGCAUUCAAGGCCCGGCACAAUGACAAGCCAUUCACUCUUACGCAUUGUUGGACGCUCAUCAACAAUUGCCCUAAGUUCAAGGAUCAAUACCAUGAACUUCAAAGGAAGAGAGGCAAGAAAACGGCCAAGUUCGCCGGAGGUGGGGAUGGCGAGGCGUUGAAGAGGCCGAGGGGUAAGACCAACUCCAAGGUGGACGACAUACGUGACGCCUCAACCAUGGCCUUGCAUGAGACUUUGCAUGGCAUGAUGUCACAUAAGGAUGUGAGGGAUGAGAAGAAGCGGCAAAGCAAGGACGAGCAAAUGAAGCAAUACCUAGACCUCCAAAGACAGAAGCCUGAGAUGGAGGAGGCGGCCAAGAAGAGGAAGAUAGACAUGGAGGAGGCGGCCCGGCAAAAGCAGCUCGACAUCGAGGCCGACAACGUCAAGGCCAGGCAGAGGCAGCUCAACAUCGAGGCCACCAAUGCCGCCACCAAAGCGAAGGAGGUGGCCCUUGCGAUCAUGAGCGUGGACUUGUCGAAGAUGAGCGACAAGACGAGGGCCUGGUUCGAGGCCAAGCAGAAGGAGAUGCUCGACGUCGAAGGCCUGAACUAG